AGCGGCCAACGAACUCUCCCCUUCCACCCGCCAGUCGCCACCUCGCCUCGCCAUGGCAGACCGGCCACCGCCGGGGCCACGCGCAGCAGCCCUGCUGCCCAACCCGGUCACCCGGCGCGGCCACGCGGCGUCGUCGACGGAUCGCCAGCACUCGCUGCUCGGGCGCGCCGUCCAGACGCUCCACGCCCACGGCUCCACCCAGCUCCUGCGCUUCCUCGCGCUUGCCGUCACGCUGACCGCGCUCCUCGUCCUGGCCAGCGUGACGCUCACGGCCGCGCUCGCCGCGCUGGUCCUGCUCAGCCCGCUCGUGCUCCUCACCGUCCCGCUCUGGGCGCCCGUAGCGGUACUGGCGCUGCUGACGGGGGCCGCCUCGCUCGUCGCCUGCUGCGCCGGCCUGGCCGCGGUCGCCGCGGGCACGUGGGCGCACCGGUACUUCACGGGGCGCUACUCCGUCGGCGCGCACCGGGUGCAGUCCGCCGAUCAGUACGCCCGCGGGGGCACGGUCGCGGACGUGGCCAGCCGAGUGAGGGGGUACUACGACGCCUACGCGCGAGAGUACGGCGGGUACCCGCCGCGCCCGCACUCUCGGGUCAAGGACGCCGCGCCCGGGGCGUAGCGUAGCUUGUGUGUGCUGAGCGGUCUCUCCCUCUCUCUCUCCCUCUCUUUGCUCCCUCGUGCUCACGUGCUGUACAUAUGUUUCGUCGUUCUAGCAGUCGUGUUUCGCU